AAUAACAUUACCAACAAUUAAACAUUGUCAUAAUACAUUAUUAUUAGGUAGAUUUGAGAGUAGUUUUGUAUUAUCAAACUUUAAUGAAUUCAUCAAUAAAUACAAAACUACUCAUUCUUUAGCAUUAGAAGUCAAAAAGGCAUUUGAU